CCUGACUUAGGGGCGGGACGGGGGAAAAGAAGGAGGAAACCCGGAAUUGGUCCUAAGUUCCUCUGGUCUAGUUCUCGGGUGCGUUAAGCUUCCACUGCCCGAGACGCUGCUUCAGUCCUGGCAGACCUUCUCCUCCCAGGCCCUCAAGAUGCGGAAAGUCUGGGUCUGCGUGGGAGGCGCCGUCUUCUUUCUUUCCUGUCUGGUUUUGCAUUCCCGCUUCUGUGGCUCUCUGGUUUCAAGGACAUUUUCUUUUGACAUUUCUUGGAGAGAGAAAGGCCCUCUUUUCCGGCUGGAUUUGGGUUGGCCCAAGAAUUCAGAAUACUUCUCUGGUGCUACAUUUUGUGUUGCAGUCGACUCCCUGAACGGGUUAGUUUACGUAGCUCAAAGAGGGGAAAACAUCCCCAAGGUGUUAGUGUUCACAGAGGAUGGAUAUUUCCUACGAGCCUGGAAUCACACAGUUGACACGCCCCACGGUAUGUUUGUCUCCAGCACACCUUAUGAACAGUCAGUCUGGAUCACGGACGUAGGAAGUGGAUCUUAUGGUCACACCGUUAAAAAAUAUAAUUCCCUGGGUGAUCUUGUUCAAGUCUUGGGUACCCCAGGCAAGAAGGGCACUGGCUUGAACCCGCUGCAGUUUGACAACCCUGCAGAAUUACACGUGGAUGACACAGGAGAGAUUUACAUUGUGGAUGGAGAUGGGGGAUUGAAUAACAGAUUGGUCAAACUGUCCCAAGAUUUCAUGAUCCUCUGGCUUCGUGGAGAGAAUGGAACAGAACCUGCCAAAUUCAACAUACCUCACAGUGUUACACUUGACACAGUCGGUCGGGUGUGGGUUGCUGACCGAGGAAAUAAAAGACUCCAAGUAUUUGAUAAGGACACUGGAGAGUGGUUAGGAGCCUGGAACAACUGUUUCACGGAGGAGGGACCUUCUGCCGUGAGGUUCACCCCGGAUGGGAAGUACUUGAUUGUGGCCCAGCUGAACCUCAGUAGGCUGUCAGUUUUGGUGGCCCCACCGCCCGGAAGCAUUGGAGACUGCUCUGUGAUCAGCACCAUCCAGCUGGCAGAUCAGGUUCUACCACAUCUUUUAGAAGUCGACAGAAAGACGGGAGCAGUCUAUGUAGCAGAAAUCGGGGCAAAACAAGUACAAAAAUUUGUCCCAUGGCACAGCCGCACCCCUGCCUUUGGAGCAUAGUGCUCCCUGCCUGAAGGAGCUUCGCGCAGCAUUUCAGAGCCUCAGAGUCAUUGCAUUUAAAAUCAUUCAUGCAAAGAGUCAUUUUUAUCUCUUUCCCAGAAAACUGUGUUAUGUUAUGAAGAAUCAUGCUUUCUUGUGGUUCUUGGGACUUAGUUUUACAAUGAAGUGUAUAAGAAUUGUUUUUCUUUUGGGUGGUCCUGGGAGUUGAACUAAUGGCCUCCUGCAUGCUAGGCAGCUCUCUUAGCCCUGAGGUGCAUCUUUAUGUAACCAGCUUUUGAAGAAAGAAAUGAAAUUCUAAAAUGGGGUUGUGAGGGGGAAACUCUAGUUGGAACCAAGUUAUUUGCCUGGGUCAGUUAACUCUGUCUGGGCUCCUAGGAUAACGCUGAUUUCAUAGGAAAGACUGGAAACUACUAGUUUACUAUGUAAAAUGGACCAUGUGGAAGAUUGUGGCUGAUGGUCUGCACGUGCAGUGUGCCAUACCAGUUCCAGAGGAUUCUGAAGGGAAGUGUUGUCUGCCUUGUAGUCCAGCAGAGAGACAGAUGGGCAUGGUGCCAGCAGGAACAGUAGGUCCCUGACGGACAGGAGGAGCCAUGCAGGUGGAUUCAUGGAGACUGCAGGCAGUGGCAGUGUGGGCUCAGAUUGGCCAAGAGAGAAGUGUGGAAGAGGGCGAAGGCAGACUUCCCACGGAUUCUGAGGGAAAAGACAGCAAAGGUUUUGGUCUUUUUUUUUGCUACAGAAUGCUUAAUGUCUACCCUUACAAGUAAGGGUUCAACAGCCAGCAUCUAAGCACUUUACUUAAAUGAAGAUUUGCAAAUUAGUUCUGGCAAUAAGUCUCUUCCUCAGUAUCACCAUUCCAUAUUUUAGUAUCAACUCACUUCAUUAUACUAGUAUUUAUCUACCUCAAAGAUAUUUCAGGAGAAGUAGAAUCAUUCACAUGGAAGUGUGCCAAAUGCUCUGAGGUAUUACGAUGACCAUGUCCUGCCUUUCCAGCCCACUCUUGCCCUAUCUGAAUAUUGGCCUUCAUUUGUGGCUUCCGUGUUCUUCAGCUUGUUCUGGUUUAUUCUAGGUUUAAUGGAACCUUUUCCUGUCGGGGUCUUUUGAUCACCCAUCCCUUUGGCUCCUUUCAGCAUCCCUCCCUGUCCCAGGAUUUUACUGUGACUUGUGAAACACCAGGGAAGCCUAAGCUUACUUUACUCCCCACUCAGGACAGCUGAGGGCCUUGGGCCUGUCUUGGUGGUUGGGCACAUGCGGUGUGGCAGGAAGGUGAGCCUCCAGGUGAAGAGCACUGGUUUCCAAGGCUGCUCAGUGUGUCCCUGCCACUCACCGGAUUGUGAUUCAGAAAAGUCAACUUAGUCUUCUCUUUAGUGACAGGGAAACAUCAUUCUUCCCUCCCUCACUAAGGUGCAGCAGACAUAGAUGUCUAAAGCCAGGCGUGCAUUAUAGCAUGUUCUGGGGCCAGACCUGCUAACUGCCUUUGUCAUUAGGACACAUUCCAGAUUUGCCUGGCUGUGUUCAAGGCCUCUACAAAAUGAGUCUGUAUAGGGUUUUUCCAUUUGUUGAUAUAAGAAAAGAGGUUCUCUCCCCCACCACAGCCAUCUCUCUCCAAUCCCACUCUGAGCCAGGAUUUUAAUUGCUGUGGUCUUGUGCACAUAGUCACAGUUGCAUGAGUUCUGCGUGCUUUCAUGUCCAGCAGAUGGCAUUUUGCUGCAGACAUCAGCCACCUCUGUUCUCUUCUGUAAUAAUAAUCCCUUUCAUGAUGUCCCAUUCAGAGCCCAUCAGUUGACAGUCUUAUUCUCUGUGGUUAAACCAGUUGUGGAUUCCUGUAUUAAUAUCCAUCUAUUCAGAAUGAAGCUUCUCUGAUCAGAAGUGAGAGAUGUGGUAAUCUGUGGGUGUGAAGAUAAGAACUUCCUGGUGGGGCCAGUUUCUUAGUCCAUCCCUUUAGUAGAAUAAUGGUAUUAGAGUGUCCCCUGGAGCUUCGACCUAGCCAGACAGUUUUUCAGUCAGUUAGUACCAGGAAGGCUUUCAUUUUUUUUAGAGCGGGCUUUAAACCCAAUCAGAAAGUGGUUGGUUAUUCUCAAAACAUUUGUGUAACUCUUGGGUGGCCACAUCUUCACAAGCCAGUCCUUAGUGUAGCUCUCAGGCUUCACAGCCGGUUACCAUUGUUGAACAUUUCCUCCUUCAGUGGCAUAAACAGAGCCUUCUAGAACUAAGAAAGCUAGCCAGUAGUGAUGAAGUUUCCGGGCCAGUACCAGCUUGAUUUCUUCACAGAUUCUUAAAAACUUGCUGAGAGUAUUGUUCCUGUUUAUCUUAAAAGACAUGAUUGUUUGAUCAGUAUACUUGCAGUCAAAAUAUUUUACUCCCUUCCUUUGGAUAAAUUAGGUAAAUAAGAAUUAUAUUUUAUUUAUUGAACCAUUAAAAUUUUGCAAAGAAGAAUCCAUAUAACCUGGCUACUUGUUUUAAGGUUCUGUUUUGUUUUGUUUAGACUGCCUCUGCCUUAGAUGCUGGGACUAAAAGCAUGCAUCACCAUGCCUGGCAUAAGAUUUUAUUUUUAAUAAUAGAAGAAUUUCAGUGACCAUAAAAUCUCAGGUUGGUGAUUCUGGGCAUGGUGGUGCACUCGUGUAAGUUAGCACUCUGGAGACUGCAGCAAGAUCUCAAGUUGCAGCCCAGUCCAGCUGUAGACUAAAGUUUGCCACACAAACCCAGGACUAGAGACACAUAGGUGCUAAGAAAAUUAUUUGUCUUGGCUCUAAUAAAGCGUAAGUUGCUGAACUGUUUCAGCUAGGGUGACCUGGGCUUCCAGGGAUGUGUGCUCGUGCCCUGCUUUUAUGUGGGUAUGAAUUCGAAUCCAGGUCCUCAGGCUUACACAGCAAGCACUCUAGUCCAUGGAGCCAUCUCAGCUUUAUUUUUAAGGAUAAAUUCUCCUUUUCAGUUAUGUUAGUGUAUAUAUAUCUCUCUCUGUGGGUAUAUGCACAUGAGUGCAGAUGUCUGUGGAGGCAUUUGAUCCCCUAGAGCUGGCACUAUAGGCAGUUGGGAAACUGAACUCAAUCUUUUGCAAGAGCAGACAGUGUUCUUCUGAGCCUUCUCGGCUCCAGGAGUCUGAGGUCAAGAGAUAUCAGAAACCUCUCGAUACCUCUGCUGCCUGCAUUUAUUCUUGAUAUAGAGGAGUUUUCUAUGUUAGAAAACCAAGGGCUCUGAUUGUCUUUCCUCCCUCUUAGAAAGAAUGAAUGUUUAAAUGGGGUGUUUGUCAAUCAGAGAAAACCUGGUUUUCUAAUAAUGAACAAGGCUUGUGUUACCGUCACAGACUGCUGCGUGUGCCAUUACUGGAUGGUUAGGGUGACAAAGAAUAAACUUUUUUUUGGCUUCUUCUGGUUUUUAAGGAUUUGGGGGGGGGGGUUAUUAUACAGCUAAUCAAACUGAGAACUCUUUACAAUUUUAAUUUUAGACUAAAUCUAAUCAAACAAACAAAAAAGCCUUGAACUUACAUGGCUGGAUUGUUUUAUUUUCAGUUACGUACUUUCAGCAAUAAUCAAAUAAAAAUUUUGAAGUCAUAA